AUGGAGAGUGAAGACUUUGAGUUACAGGGGAUCUUGAGAGAUAUUACAGCCGAGAUGGCAAGAUACAUGACCAAAGAUGAACAGAUAGCCCACAGGGACCUCGCUAGUCCGGUGGAGACUUGGGACCUCGCUAGUCGGGUGGAGACUUGGGACCUUGCUAAUCCGGUGGAAACUUGGGACCUCGCUAGUCCGGUGGAGACCAGGGACCUCGCUAGUCCGGUGGAGACCAGGGACCUCGCUAGUCCGGUGGAGACCAGGGACCUCGCUAGUCCGGUGGAGACCAGGGACCUCGCUAGUCCGGUGGAGACCAGGGACCUCGCUAGUCCGGUGGAGACCAGGGACCUCGCUAGUCCGGUGGAGACCAGGGACCUCGCUAGUCCGGUGGAGACCAGGGACCUCGCUAGUCCGGUGGAGACCAGGGACCUCGCUAGUCCGGUGGAGACCAGGGACCUCGCUAGUCCGGUGGAGACCAGGGACCUCGCUAGUCCGGUGGAGACCAGGGACCUCGCUAGUCCGGUGGAGACCAGGGACCUCGCUAGUCCGGAGGAGACCAGGGACCUCGCUAGUCCGGAGGAGACCAGGGACCUCGCUAGUCCGGUGGAGACCAGGGACCUCGCUAGUCCGGUGGAGACCAGGGACCUCGCUAGUCCGGUGGAGACCAGGGACCUCGCCAGUCCGGUGGAGACCAAGGACCUCGCUAAUCCGGUGGAGACUUGGGACCUCGCUAGUCCGGUGGAGACCAGGGACCUCGCUAGUCCGAUGGAGACCAAGGACCUCGCUAAUCCGGUGGAGACUUGGGACCUCGCUAGUCCGGUGGAGACCAGGGACCUCGCUAGUCCGAUGGAGACCAAGGACCUCGCUAAUCCUGUGGAGACUUGGGACCUCGCUAGUCUGGUGGAGACCAGGGACCUCGCUAGUCCGGUGGAGAUCAGGGACCUCGCCAGUCCGGUGGAGAUCAGGGACCUCGCCAGUCCGGUGGAGACCAAGGACCUCGUUAGUCCGGUGGAGACCAAGGACCUCGCUAGUCCGAGCAACGUGUCAUACAACACUUUGCGUCGACACUCUGCGUCGACGGACUGCGUCGACACUCUGCUUCGACACAGUGCGUCGACAGACUGCUCCGACACACUGCGUCGACAGACUACUCCGACACUGCGUCGACGGACUGCGUCGACACUCUGCGUCGACAGACUGCUCCGACACUCUGCGUCGACGGACUGCUCCGACACACUGCGUCGACGGACUGCUCCGACACUGCGUCGACAGACUGCUCCGACACACUGCGUCGACACACUGUGUCUUCUGGCCUCUUUUUUCUUCUUCUACACCUGA